CCGCUGACUGUCUCCUCACCGCCGUCGCCACCCCCUCCCCUCCUGAAACGAUGCUUGUCUGCACUUGCUUCACACUCAACGUCUCAUCAGAGCGGGACCAACGAUGACGUAGCCCUGUCGUCGUGCCUUGACUGAACUCUGUUCCUGGACACGAUAUCACAAGCUUCGACUAGAUUGUCCCUCUGCUCAUCUCCUGCAAACGGCUGUCAGUGAAGGCCCGCCAUGCCCUCCGCCAUUGUCACGUCGACGAUCCAAGCCGGCCUGCUCAGCGCCGUCUCCAACAUCCUAGCCCAAGUGCUUACCGCCUGGCGUACGCAGUCUCCGAUAAGCAUCAACGUCGUGGAAUUGCUCCAAUUCGUCGUCUUCUCCAUGCUCGCAUGCCCUCCAAACUGCCUGUGGCAAGCCUGGCUGGAAGCUCGAUUUCCCGCAUAUCCUGGCCAAGCCGAUCACCCAACGACAACAACACCUUCGGACGAGAAGUCUAGGGGACACAGUACAGGCACGCAUACCACUGACGAUGCUCUUCAUCGACGCAACGCCGACGGCAGGAGCAAAGGGCGGCCCGGACAGACAGGAUCAAAAAAUGAUGAAGCAAAGAAAUUGAGUGUCAAGAACACGGCAAUCAAAUUCACCCUAGACCAGACGAUUGGCGCUUCAGUAAAUACCGUCCUGUUCAUCGCGGGCAUUGCACUCCUCCGUGGCCAAGAUAUGCGAUCCAUUUCCAACGAUGUUCACACCAAGUUUUGGCCAAUGACCCUUGCCGGUCAGAAACUUUGGCCUGCUGUGAGCAUUCUCAGCUUCACUGUGAUCCCGCUCGAGCAACGCAUGCUCUUCGGCUCUGUGGCUGGUCUGGUCUGGGGUGUCUACCUGUCUCUGGCCGCUGCAUCAACGUCUUAGUCAACCUUAACCGCGCCUGCCCCUUCGACCUCCCAUUCCACUCAGAAAUCCCAUUCCGUCUCGACA